UCUAAGCCUUUGCUGCAGGCCUUUUUCUUCAUCAUGGGUGACACUUCAAGCAUCGAAUACCAGAAAGCACACAUCGACGACAAUGUUCAACCAAAUCUGUACGCAUCAUGCUUCAUCUGCCUGCCUGCAGCGUUCAUAGCUGUUGGUCUUCGCCUCUACGCUCGACGCCUGACAAGGGGUGGCUAUGGCAAAGAUGAUGUGGCGAUACUGCUGGCGUUGCUGUUUACUUCAGCCUUCGUGGCCAUGUGCAUCUGGGAAACGGUUCUUGGUAUGGGUAGACACCAGAUUCUCUUGAAACCAGAGAAUGCCGUCACCUCUGUCAAGGUCACCCUCGCGGCAAUGAUGCUGUACAAUCCCGCAAUCUUCUUCACCAAACUAUCUAUCCUGUUCUUUUACUACACGCUGUUCCCCUCGGUCACCUUCAGACGAGUUCUCUGGGGCGUGGGCGUAUUCAUCCUCUGCUACUCGAUCACUUCGAGCUUCGUCAACCUCCUGCAAUGCGUUCCAAUUGCUGCGAAUUGGGACCCCGUACUCGCCGCCACGGCCAAAUGCGUUGAUUUCGGUGCAGAACUCAUCGCUCUCAGCACCAUCAACGCAGUGACCGACUUCGCGCUGCUGGUCCUUCCCAUGCCAAUUUUGUGGCGACUCCAUCUCAGCCUCAAGAAAAGGCUUUCAGUCAUGGCCAUGCUUGCUUUGGGUGCAGCCACUGUCAUCGUCAGUAUCAUCCGUGCCAACUAUGUCAGCACCGUGUCAUUCACGAACGGAACCUGGAACAACUCUUUCGGAGCCAUGUGGUCCGUCGUAGAGACAUGUUUGGCGAUUGUCAGUGCCUGCGUACCUACACUGCGACCGCUCUACGAAAAGAUUUUCCACAAGGAAGGAUCAACCACUGUCGGCUCGUCUGCCGCUAAGCUGCACUACCCCCGCUCUGGAAUGACCGGUGAGAGCGGCAAGAGCGGAUUCAAGAUGCGCACGUUUGGAUCAGAUUCCGUGGGAAACAGUUAUGGAGGGAAGGAGAGUUUGUCUGGCACCGGCAAAGAUGGCGCCAGCAUGCACUCGUUCACUAGGCUCAGGGAUGAUGUUUAGGGAAACGCGAUGACGUUUACUGUGAAGAAUAUGUAAUAACGC